GAGACAUUGCGAUCCAAAAUGGCUGCCUGGAGAAGUGUGGCAUGCGUCCUUCGAGCAAAAAUGCGAGAGAGCUGGACAUUCGGAGCACAGUCACCACACAUAAACAGGUGCCUCUCCACCUCAGCUCACCUGUGUUCAGGAGAAACCUGGAGACAGAGCUAUGGUUUACCACCUCAGAAGAACGAGUAUGGGCCACUCACUGACUUGCCAGACUGGACAUUUGCUGAUGGCAGACCAGCACCCAUGGGCACGAGACAGCUGAAACGGUUGAAGGAGCGAAAAGAACUUGCUGCCAGAAUAGUUAGUCUUCUGGAGGAGGUUGAAGAGGGGAAGCAGGGUUAUCUACAGAAGAUAGAACAAGAGGCUGAAAAGGUUGCAGAGAAAGAAAGGAGACGACUCAAGCCAAAGGGAAAACAAUUGUUACAGAAAUCUAAACAAAAACACAAGAAUGAGUCAAUAUGAUACCUACAGUAUGUGAACAACUAAAGUAUAAGGAAAGACCAUUUCACUACAAAAUAUUAUUCUUAAACCAAGGACAAUUUUAUUGGUUAAUUGACAGGUACAAGUAUGUGGGAGCUAACACUGCCUUAACAAGCUUUACAUUCUGGUUUCAAUGCUACAUCUUCCAAAUGUACAUAUCUGAUAUGCUUACAUUUUUCUCAGGAAGCAGUCAGAAAGCAUACUGUAAUAUCUGUUCUCAGUUACACUUAUAUUCAAUGACACCCAAAUCAAGUACAUGUAUUGUCAAAAGUAAGUUUACAGCAAUUUUUUGUCAUCCCCAUCAAUACAAUGUAGUAGCAACAAAUAAAUCUCAAAACAGGAA